AUGGAAUCCAUACAUCGUCUCGCAACAACCGAAGCCCUACGCUCACUGGAUCAUGUAGAUCUCACGUUGAAAUUGGAACUGGUAGACAACAUAAGGAGUAAUUUUGAGCUCACACAAAACCGCCUGGAAGAAGAAGAUCCUGACGAAUUAGAUACUGAUGCUCGACAGCAGUUCUUGAACAUAUUUAUUUCAGUCAAAGGCGCCAUCACUCGCGAGCUACAGUCCAACCGCUUAGAUAGCCAUUUACAUUCAACCACGCGCAAUUUUUCGCCUCAGGACUCGCAAUCUGUGGUUGUUCUUAAGCAACCAAAAUCUUGUUUACCGGAACUGAAGUUGCCAACGUUUAGAGGCAACUACUCAGAUUGGCCACAAUUUUUCUCCAUGUUUCGCACCAUAAGUGACCGAGAAGCUGAAUUAACUAAAGUGGAAAAACUCCAACAUCUCCGCUCAUGCCUUGCAGAUGCCGCGUUGGACACCAUAAAGUCCUUAGAAAUUCGCGAAUCUAACUAUGAUAAAGCUCUUGAAUUACUAAAUAACCGAUUUGAUAACAAGCGUUUAAUUUUUCAGGCACAUAUCCGUGAGUUGUUUGGACUAGAAAGUGUCGAAGGAAAGGUGGCAACAAAUCUCCGGCAGUUAACGGAUAAAUUUUUGUCACAUAUUCGUGCAUUACAGACUUUAGGCAGCAUAGAACAAUUGGCCGACAGCUUGCUGAUACACAUCGUUAUGCAGAAACUUGACUCCGCUACUCAAAACAUGUGGGAGGAAAAAGUGUCAUCCAAUGAGCUACCCACUUGGGAAGGCAUGGCGUUGUUCCUAGAAAAAAGGUGUCAAACUCUGGAGAAUGUUCCGUUUGUUACGCUCGGUAAGACUCCAACUAAGGUGAGCAAAUAUGUGAAUCGCAACAAGUCUUUUGUGGUCUCGAAGCCUGCGCAAAGGUCAUGUGUGUUUUGCAAGCACCGUGAUCACCUCAUUUAUACUUGCCCGUCAUUUGCGAAACUCUCCCCAAGCGAGCGCUGGAAAGAGGCAAAAAAUGCUGAACUUUGCCUGAACUGUCUUAAGCUUGGACAUCGAGUACAACAAUGCAAAUCCACUCACUGUUUUCGUUGUAAAGGUGCUCAUCACACCCUUUUACAUAAGGAUAUUCCAGAGCAACCCUUCCAAAAUGCCUCAUUGGCAGAAAAGUUUCCUCAACCAGGAUCAGCAGCAUCUUUGGUUUCCAUGGCGCCUCCAUGCAUAUCAAACGAGCACUCAAGCAUUAAACUAAACGAAUCCGUACUACUAGCUACCGCAACGGUGUUUGUAAAAAACAGUGUUGGAUGUUUUAUCCCCUGUCGUGCUAUUUUAGACUCAGCUUCGCAACUAAAUUUCGCUACGAGCAGGUUAUCCAACCAACUACAGUUGAAGAAAUCGAAGUUCCCAGUAGCAGUUUCGGGAAUUGGAGAGUCAGAUACAACAGUUGAGUACACAAUCAAUAUUAUUUUUAAAUCUAUUCACAGUGAUUACACAAACACUAUUACGGCGUCAAUAAUUCCCACCAUUACUGAGCAGCAACCAACCACCACGUUCAGCAUAUCGCAAUGGGUCAUACCUAAGAACAUAAAAUUGGCCGAUCCAUCAUUCAAUACUUCUCGUAGGAUUGACCUCUUAAUUGGAGCCGGCAUAUUUUUUGACUUGUUGUGUGUCGGCCAAAUACGUCUUAAGGAACCAACACACAUUUUGCAAAAGACACGUCUCGGCUGGAUCGUCUCUGGCGGUAAACAACGCUCCAACAUCAGCUCUUCGUGCACGGUGUCAUCCAAACUCGUCGAAAGCAACGAACCACAUGGAUCACUUGAUCAAAUGGUUCGCAGUUUUUGGGAAACAGAAAAUUGUCUCGAAGGAACCACGAAGGUAACAAAAGAAGAACUAGAUUGUGAAAUACAUUUCCAAACAAACCAUUGCCGUCUGGGUACUGGCGAGUACUCAGUCCGCCUUCCUGUCAAACUGAGUCCAAAUAUGCUUGGUGACUCAUAUCAAUACGCCGAUUAA